AUGGAGCGGCAGGCAGAUAGGUACUGUGAACCUAGUACGACGUGGAACAUGGAGCGGCAGGCAGAUAGGUACUGUGAACCUAGUACGACGUGGAACAUGGAGUGGCAGGCAGAUAGGUACUGUGAACCUAGUACGACGUGGAACAUGGAGCGGCAGGCAGAUAGGUGCUGUGAACCUAGUACGACGUGGAACAUGGAGUGGCAGGCAGAUGGGUACUGUGAACCUAGUACGACAUGGAACAUGGAGCGGCGGGCAGAUAGGUGCUGUGAACCUAGUACGACGUGGAGCAUGGAGUGGCAGGCAGAUAGGUACUGUGAACCUAGUACGACGUGGAACAUGGAGUGGCAGGCAGAUAGGUACUGUGAACCUAGGACGACGUGGAACAUGGAGCGGCAGGCAGAUAGGUACUGUGAACCUAGUACGACGUGGAACAUGAAGCGGCAGGCAGAUGGGUACUGUGAACCUAGUACGACGUGGAACAUGGAGCGGCAGGCAGAAAGGUACUGUGAACCUAGUACGACGUGGAACAUGGAGCGGCAGGCAGAAGGUAUACCUGCGACCUCUGUGUACCGCUGUGUAUCAGGUUUUUCUGUGUACCUCUGUGUAUCAGGUAUUUCUGUGUUCCUCUGUGUACCUCUGUGUAUCAGGUAUAUCAGCGACCUCUGUGUACCUCUGUGUAUCAGCACACAGAGUAACCUGACUUUGUCCGACCAAGAGGAAGAGGAACUUAUGUCAUCUACCUCCCGAUCACGAGAUACAAGUCAGGAAAUGUCUGAAUCGGAAAACGAUAGAGAUGUCACCCCUAUUGCACAACCAACAUCCGCUGUACGUAUUCCAAAGAAGCCUAUCAAACGCAUGCGCAAACAGGAAGAAAUUGAUCCUGUCGGAGUUGCAAUGUUUGACUAUCUAAAACGAGACGAAGCCAUGGCUGCUAAAUCAAGCCCAGAAAAUGCGAAUGAUGAAGAUGAGUUAUUUCUUCGAUCACCAGUCCAAGCACUAAAGCGCCUACCAACUAGUACCAACGAUUCUAGUCAUGGUUAA